AUGGACGCCAUGUCCUGCUUGGCGCCGCCGCCGACGUCCUUCUUCCCGGCCGCCCCGCCCGAAUACUACACCGACGCCGCCAUGGCGCGCGCGCUGCACUACUCCAUGCCCGACCACUACUCCCCGGCCACCGCCUCCACCUCCUCCCCGUCCUCCUCCUCCUCCCUCCUCGCCGACCUCCCCUACUCCGACGGCACCAACUGGUUCGCUUCCGCCGCACCCGCGCCAGCACCACUCACGAGCCUCACCUGCGACUCCGUGCUGGUCGCGUCGGACGCGGCGCCGCGCCCACCCUCCACACCCGCCACCACCGCCACGACGUCGAACAAGAGGCGCCUGGGCCUGGGCGUCGCCGCGGGCGCCGGGCGCGCCGGGAAGCGGCGGCCGCGGGCGUCCAAGCGCGCGCCAACGACCUACAUCACCACCGACCCCUCCAACUUCCGCCUCAUGGUGCAGCACGUCACCGGCGUCCAGGCCGAACCCGGGACCGCCGACGGCACCGGCGUCUUCACACCCACGUCCUUCGACGCGUCCGCCGCGGCCGCGCUGCUGAACUGCCCCACCUACACCGGCGCGUCGUUCGCGGACGCCCUGCGCCUGCCGUCCGACGCCGACGCGGCCACGCUCCACCACCGUCUCCAACAACAGCAGCAGCAGCAGCAUCUGGAGCAGCAGCCGUGCUUCCCGACGCUUGACUCCUGGAACGUCCUGUACGAGAGCGCCGAGCUGUUCUAG